GAGGAGCUCUGCGAGCCGGGCAGCUACGGCAAGGGCUGCCAGCUGCGCUGCCAGUGCCACCACGGGGCCACCUGCGACCACCGCACCGGCGAGUGCCACUGCGCCCCCGGCUACACCGGCGUCUUCUGCGAGGAGCGCUGUCCCCCGGGCAGUCACGGAGCUCAGUGCGAACUGCGCUGCCCUUGCCAGAACGGAGGAGUCUGCCACCACAUCACUGGGGAGUGCUCCUGUCCUGCUGGAUGGAUGGGGCUGGUGUGUGCCCAGCCAUGUCCUCCUGGAACGUUUGGAAUUAACUGCAGCCAGGACUGCCCGUGCCACAACGGAGGACACUGCGAUCCCGUGACAGGAAAAUGCAUCUGUACACCUGGCUAUGUAGGAGACAGGUGUCAAGAAGAGUGUCCUAUUGGGACAUACGGCUUCCAGUGCACACAAAGAUGUGACUGCCAAAAUGGUGCCAAGUGUUACCAUGUAAAUGGAGCAUGUAUGUGUGACCCUGGAUUUAAAGGCAUUUAUUGCCAAGAAAGAAUGUGUCCAGAAGGGUUUUAUGGCCUCAAAUGCAACAAGAGAUGUCCUUGCAAUAUUACCAACACUCUCAGUUGCCAUCCAUUGUCUGGGGAAUGCAGCUGCAGAGCUGGCUGGGCUGGACUCUACUGCAACGAGAGCUGCCCCCCGGGGUACUACGGCGAAGGCUGCCAGCUGCCCUGCCCCUGCCACAACGGUGCCGACUGUGACAGCCUCACAGGGACCUGCACCUGUGCCCCAGGGUACAUGGGAGACGACUGCACCGUUACCUGCCCGGCAGGAACCUACGGAACCAAUUGCUCAUCGGUUUGUAACUGCAAAAAUGAUGCUGCCUGUUCCCCUGUGGAUGGCCUGUGCUACUGCAAGGAAGGGUGGCAAGGAAUGGAUUGCUCCAUUCCAUGUUCAAGUGGAAGUUGGGGUCUUAACUGUAACCAGACGUGUUCUUGCACAAAUGGAGCAGCCUGCAGGCCAGCUGAUGGCUUCUGCCUCUGCUCACCAGGGUGGCAAGGGGAGUACUGUGACCAGCCCUGUCCUGAUGGAACAUAUGGUCUUAAUUGCAGUGAACGUUGUGACUGCAGCCACGCAGAUGGGUGUGAUCCUGUCACUGGUUACUGCUGCUGUCUUGCAGGCUGGACAGGCAUCCACUGUGACAAUACCUGCACCCAGGGCCGCUGGGGACCAAACUGCUCCAUCUCCUGUAACUGUGAGAACGGGGGAUCCUGCUCGCCAGAGGAUGGCACCUGUGACUGUGCACCAGGAUACAGAGGACCCUUGUGCCAGAGAAUCUGUCCGGCAGGGUUCUACGGGCAGCAGUGCAGCCAGCCCUGCCCCCGGUGCGUGCACAGCAGCGGGCCCUGCCACCACGUGUCGGGACACUGCGACUGCCUGCCGGGCUUCUUCGGGGCGCUCUGCAACCAAGUCUGUCCCAGCGGGAAGUACGGGAAGAACUGUGCCGAGGUCUGUCAGUGCACGGAGAACGGGACGUGUAACCCCACGGAUGGGUCCUGCCAGUGCUUCCCGGGCUGGAUAGGCACAGACUGCUCCCAGACUUGUCCCGCUGGAUUUUGGGGCCCUGAUUGCUUCCAUUCAUGCAACUGCCACAACGGAGCCAUGUGCAGCCCUUCCGAUGGAGAGUGUCGAUGUACUCACGGCUGGACGGGGCUCUACUGCACUCAGCGUUGCCCAGCUGCUUUUUAUGGAAAAAACUGUGCCAAUGUUUGUCAGUGUCAGAAUGGAGCAGACUGUGACCACAUCACUGGCCAGUGCACCUGCAGGACUGGAUUUACAGGCAAGCAAUGUGAGCAAAAGUGCUCACCAGGAACCUUCGGUUAUGGUUGCAAACAACUGUGUGAAUGCAUGAAUAAUGCUACGUGUGACCACGUCACGGGUACUUGCUACUGCAGCCCAGGCUUCAAAGGAAUCCGCUGUGAUCAAGCGGCUCUUAUGAUGGAAGAAUUAAACCCCUAUACUAAAAUUAGCCCUGCUCUUGGAUCAGAGAGGCACUCAGUGGGAGCAAUCAUUGGAAUUAUUGUUCUCCUUCUAAUUAUUAUGGUCUUGCUGGCACUGUUUGUGUGGUAUCGACGGAAACAGAAGGAGAAAGGCCAUGACAUGCCAAGUGUAUCUUAUACUCCAGCCAUGAGGAUGACUAAUACAGAUUACUCACUUUCUGGUGCUUGUGGGAUGGAUAGACGUCAGAACACAUACAUAAUGGAAAAAAGCUUCAAAG